GUAUAACGUCAAAUAUGACAUGAGACUAUUUAAAAAAAAAGAAGCAUAAAUUCUCACUCUAUACGUUAUCAGCUUAUAUGUCAACCUCACCGGUUUGGAACCUAUUUCGUGGUUGUUUUUAAGUGCCUCUGUUGGUGUUGUGCUGUAUUGAGUCAGUUAGCUAGCUAGCUAGCCAACAAGCUGUUGAACUUUGUCACGAUGCGACGACUUUUAACACGAGUCAUAAACCGAGUUUUGCUGAGUGAGUACUUUACACCAUUGAUGGGAAUUGAAGCAGAAAUACACACACAAGGCCGCCGAAAGCUAGUGGUGGGGCUGGGUAACCCAGGGAUGGAAGGUACCAGACACAGCGUCGGCAUGGCAGUGCUCGGCGCGCUCGCUGCCCGGCUCGGCGUCGCUGACCGCUGGCGUGGCGACAAGCAUGUGUCCGGUGAGGUCAUCGUGUCAGAGGUACAACAAACACAUGUGGUGCUGCUCCGUCCCAGGCUGCUGAUGAACGUCAACGGCGUGUCAGUGGCCAAAGCAGCUGGUAAAUACGGCAUCAGGCCGGAAGACAUCCUGCUGGUCCACGAUGAACUGGAUAAACCUCUGGGGAAAAUCGUCAUUAAACACGGAGGAAGUGCCAGAGGUCAUAAUGGAGUCCGCUCCUGUGUAGACUGUCUUCAGACUGAUGUGAUGCCCAGACUCCGGGUCGGCAUCGGCCGGCCGACGGGGAAAACGCCGGUGGAGCGCCAUGUUCUGGGCCGGUUCUCCUCAGAGGAGAAGAAGGUUUUGGAGUCUGUUCUGGUCCAGAGUGUGGACCUCCUCCUCUCCCAGCUGUCACAGGAAGACUCCCAACAGGACUCCCAGCCCCCCUCCUCACCAGCAGGGGGCAGACAAGCAGCACAGCAGAGGAAGGAGCUGGAGCGCUCAUCCUCCCCAGCUGAGAACUCUGCUGCUGCUCAGUGCUGAAGCUCAAAAUGCUCAAAAACAUGAACAUAUACAGAGCGAGCAUCUUUACUGAGACUGUAUUUAUUCUCUGCUGUGAAUUAAAGGACACAUGUUUCUACAGAGCAGGACAACCACUGAAAAUGUUUGAUCGGUUGUCCUACAACAGGAGUGUGACCACAAAGAAUCGCCCAAAUGAUCAAAAUAAAAGGAUGCUGCCCCCUUGUCUUAAAGCAGA